AUGAAGAAAGGAUCAAAGAAGGGUGUGGCCCCAAAGACUGAAGAAAUAUUGAAAGCUGUUGUGUUGGCCGAUUCAUUCACGAAAGAAUUGAGACCUAUUACAUUGCAAGCACCAAGGUGUUUAUUACCAGUGAAUAAUGUUCCUAUUAUUGAAUAUGUGUUGGAAUUGUUGGCUGCUUCGGGCGUAAAAGAAAUAUAUGUCUUUUGUUGUCAUGGGGCUGAAAUGAUUAAACAAUAUUUAGCGAAUUCUAAAAAGUGGAAUACGCCGAAUAGUGAUGUGAAAAUAAGCACAGUGGAAGGUACCGAAGCUGCAUCAGCAGGUGAUGCUCUCCGUAGAAUUCACGAAUUGGAUGUAAUUAGAAAUGAUUUUAUUUUGAUUCAAGGAGAUGUUAUUAGCAAUCUGAAUUUAGCUCCGAUUGUAGAAGCUCACAAAAAAGAGAGAAAGGCAGACCCACAAGUCUUAACAACAUCCAUUUUCCGUAAGAUUACUCCUGAUGCCAUCAACUUUUAUGAAGAUGGUGACACAGCUUGGAUUGCCAUUUCGGAAAAAAACAAACAAUUAUUGCAUUAUGAAAAUGACAAGAAGGAGUCGUUAAGCUUUGAAAUUGAAAUUCGUAAUUUCAAGGAAACAAAGGAUGACAUCAAGGUUAUAUCAGACGUCAUGGAUUGUAGAAUUGAUAUUUGCUCUCCUGAAGUUUUGGGAAUUUUCCAAGACAACUUUGACUUUAAAGAUUUGAGAACUGACUUUUUGAAGAGCUACGUUUUAUCUGAAUCUGAAGUAGUGGCUUACAAAGUUAUUCCAUACAUUGACCACACAAAUUAUUCUGCAAGAGUUUGUAAUCUUCGUUCAUACGAGCUUGUCAGUAUGGAUCUCAUUAACAGAUGGAUGUAUCCUGUCACACCAGACUCCAAUUUUUCUGGAUCUACAUCUUUUAGAUAUUCUCGUCCAAAUAACUAUUAUGAAUCAAAUGUUUCACUUUCUAGAAGUUGCGUUAUUGGAGACAAUUGUCUCAUUGGGAGCGGAACGACCAUUGGAGAAAAUACCAAAAUUCGUAGCACAGUUAUUGGAAGAAAUGUGAAAAUUGGUAAUAAUGUGACCAUUGAAGGAAGCUUUAUUUGGGAUGAUGUCAUUAUUGAAGACGGUGUGAAGAUUACCACUUCGUUACUCUGCAACAAUUCUAAGGUUUGCAAUAAUGCCGUUCUUGAGGUCGGCUCAGUUCUCUCCUUCAACGUUGUCGUUGGACCUGAUUUCACUGUUAAAGCUCACAACCGAUUGACAACAAAGAUGGCUCUGAAAGACGAAUAUAAGGAUCAAGACGAGGAGGAAAUAUCGUUUGAGAAUGCUUUUGCUGCUGCCCGACAAAGAUCCACUGAAUUUGUGGCCAUAACUGUUGACAGUGACAAGAAUUAUGUUGGUGAAGGUGGUGUUGGUACAAUUUACGAAUUACCUCCAUCAUUGGGAGAAUUGUUGACUAAUCGUAUGGGAGUCACACAAUCAGAAGUUGACCUGUUACAAAAAUCACAAACUCUUCUCGAAGACACCUACAAAAGACCUGUCUCUUCUCAUGAAAUUAAGGACGAGGCAGUAUUUAUUGAUGAAGCUAGAGCCAGUAUUAAGAGAGCCAUUGCAGAAAAUCACUCUAUUGAAAACGCUAAACUUGAGUUGAACUCGCUAAAAUUUGCGUAUGACAGUAGCUUUGAGGAUUGUGCUUCUGCUACUUUGACAGGCAUUAUUUUAUACUGUGACAAGGAAUCAUCAACACCUACUGAAAUGAUUGGCCUCUUCCAAAAAGUACUCGAUGGAGGCGACGGAAAAACUUCAUGGAAAGAAUUGCUAAUUGAAUUUUUAGACAUUGGAACAAAGCCACAAGUUCAAUUAUUGACAGAGUUGCUGUACUUUGUUGCCAGUGAUGAAGGAUUGAAAUAUAAGGAUUUACUGAGAUACUUUGUUCAGAUUCUUUACAACAAAGAUGUUGUAUCGGAUGACUCUAUUAUUGAAUGGUAUGAAGAGUUUGAGGACGAUGAUGAGUUGAGUUCUAUUCUUUCCUCGUGCAAAGAGUUGGUAAAAAGCAUUGAAGAGGGUGACGAAGAAGAGGACGAGGAUGAGGAUGAGGAAGAAGAGGAGGAAGAGGACGAUGAUGAGGAGGACGAUGAUGAAGAAUAA